AUGCAUCCUGUUCAGACCCAGAGCCUGCCCACGUGGGCGCCUUCACAUAGCGUCAGCUGCAAGCCCACCGCCUUUGACGACGAGGAUCCGGUGUAUCUAUCAGGCGAUGAAACCGACUGUGACUCAGAGCGUGGCGGCGACACACUUGGCCGUGACGAUCUGCAGCUUAUGGCUAGAUUCAUUAACCUUCAGCGAGAGCGCGCUCGCCAACAGGUUACGUAUCCAAUGGCGCGUCCCAGUGAGACUCGUACCUCACCCAUAUUGAUUCCCUCACAGACGCGCAAGUACGUAGCCACGUCCACUAAUUGGUGGCUGUGGGAUGAAGGUGAAGAAGAGAACGCAAAAGAAUGCGAUCAGUGUUCGUGCUGCAAUCACCAGAGCGUCGAGCGACGGUCAACUGCUGUUUUGUCCGCCAAGCGUGCAGUUGAGACACGGAAUGUCUCUACGAGUGAACUCAUUUUUGACUUUGAGCUCUAA